AUGAAGACCACUCUUCUUGCCCUGGCGGCGGCUGCUGGUACGGCUGUUGCCCAGAAUGCCGCGUACAGCCAGUGUGGCGGGCAGAACUGGACUGGAUCAACGACCUGUGUUGCGGGCUACAGCUGCGUUGCCCAGAAUGCCUACUACUCCCAGUGUGUCCCAAGCUCGUCCUCUACCACGGCGGCAACCUCGAAAACCUCUACAUCGUCGAGCAGCACCAAAGCAAGCACCCCUGCCACUACUUCUACAAAAGCUACUUCUGCGACUACCACGACGACGAAGACGACCAGCACCGCCGCCUCGACACCUGCCAGCACCGGCCACGUGCAAUACGCCGGCGUCAAUAUCGCAGGCUUCGAUUUCGGUUGCGGUACUGAUGGUACAUGCACCACCUCAAGCGUCGUCCCACCAGGAGCUAAUGGCAACGGUCAAAUGAACCACUUCGUCAAGGACGAUGGACUGAAUGCCUUCCGUCUGCCCGUUGGCUGGCAAUAUCUGGUCAACAACAACCUUGGUGGUACACUCGACGCUACUAACUUUGCGAACUACGAUGCUCUUGUCCAGGGUUGCCUGUCUUCCGGUGCAGCACUGUGCAUUAUCGAUGUCCAUAACUAUGCUCGGUGGAACGGUGCAAUCAUCGGCCAGGGUGGUCCGACCAACGCACAGUUCGUCAGUCUGUGGUCGCAGUUGGCUACCAAGUAUGCCACCAACUCCAAAAUUGCUUUUGGUAUUAUGAAUGAGCCGCAUGAUCUCACCAUCAGCACCUGGGCAGCUACUGUCCAGGCCGUGGUGACUGCCAUCCGUCAAGCUGGCGCCACCUCUCAGAAGAUUCUGUUGCCUGGUACUCAGUAUACCAGUGCUGCUGCGUUCAUCUCGGACGGCUCUGCUGCUGCUCUGAACACUGUCACGAACCCUGACGGCACCACGACGAACCUUAUCUUUGACGUUCACCAGUACCUUGACAGUGACAACUCCGGCACUCACUCGAAUUGUGUCACCAACAACUCGGCCAGCUUCACUACCCUUGCUCAGUGGCUCAGGCAAAACGGAAGGCAGGCGAUCUUGACCGAGACUGGCGGUGGGCCGAGCGACUCGUCGUGCUUGACGGAUGUCUGUCAGGAGCUUGACACGCUCAAUACGAACAGUGACGUAUACUUGGGCUGGAUCGGCUGGGGUGCCGGCUCAUUUGACACAAGCUAUGUCUUGUCUGAGACACCAACUGUGAGUGGCAGCACCUACACGGACCAGAAGCUUGUUACGCAGUGCAUUGCUGGAAAGUUCAAGAAGUGA